UAUCUUCUUCCUACUCAGACUCCAAAGCUUUAGAUACAAUGGGAAGAGUUGAUUCCUCUAAUGAAACUGAAAAUCCUCAGCCAGUCGGCGGUGUGCCAGGAACUCCAUGGAGCACUGGCUUAUUUGAUUGUCAUUUGGACCAAACUAAUGCUGCCAUGACAGCGCUUUUACCUUGUGUGACGUUCGGACAGAUAGCUGAAGUUCAAGAUGCAGGAGAAAUGACUUGUCCAUUGGGGUCUUUUAUGUACCUCUUGAUGAUGCCUGCUGUUUGCUCUCACUGGAUCAUGGGCUCCAAGUACAGAACAAAGUUGAGGCAGAGGUACAAUCUGGUGGAAGCUCCCUAUUCAGAUGUAGUUGCUCACAUCUUUUUUCCAUUUUGUUCACUUUGUCAAGAGUUCAGAGAGCUUCGUAUUAGGGGACUCGAUCCAACUCUAGGUUGGAAUGGCAUCGUUGCUCAGCAGCAACAUGGAAACCAGCAAAUGAAUCAAGCUCCCUCAGUACAAUGCAUGUACAAGUAAAUUGAAGAGUACUGAUUUUUGUUAUUGUUUAAAUUAAGGUUGUAAUUUUUAAUUUUUUACCAAAUUCUAUUCAUGUUUGAAGUUUAUAUCCUUU